CCGAGAACUGGAAUGGACAAACAUCAAUCUGGAAUUCAGAGUUUGAAACUGGGUGAUUCAAUUAUAGAAGGAGUAAGUGACCAAGUCCUUGUGGCAGUUGUGAUCAGUUUCGCUUUCAUUGCUACAGUGAUAUAUAUACUUUUAAGAAAUGCAGAACAAAAUAUUCACCCUGAUAACCAAGAGCUAGUGUGGGUGCUUCGGGAACAACUUCUGAGAGAUCAGGAUGCACCAGCUGUUGUUCGGCAGCAGUUCUACGCUGAUAUGUCUUGUCCAAUCUGUUUACAUCAGGCUUCUCUUCCUAUUGAAACAAACUGUGGACAUCUUUUCUGUGGUACCUGCAUUAUUGCAUAUUGGCGAUAUGGUUCAUGGCUUGGGGCCAUUAGUUGUCCAAUCUGUAGAGAAACGGUGACCUUACUCUUACCAGUAUUUGGUGAAGAUAAUCAGACUCAGUAUGUCUCAGAAUUGCAUCAAGAUAUUUAUGACUAUAAUCGAAGAUUCUCAGGACAGCCCAGAUCAAUUGUGGAAAGAAUUAUGGAUCUGCCCACUUUACUGAGACAUGCAUUCAGGGAAAUGUUUUCAGUUGGGGGCCUUUUCUGGAUGUUCCGCAUCAGGAUAUUACUUUGUUUACUGGGAGCUUUUUUCUAUCUGCUAUCACCUUUGGAUUUUGUGCCUGAAGCCUUGUUUGGAAUUCUAGGAUUUCUAGAUGAUUUCUUUGUCAUCUUUUUAUUGCUUAUAUACAUAUCCAUCAUGUAUCGAGAAGUGCUAACACAAAGGCUAAACAGAUGA